GCUCAUUUGAUCUGAACAAAGUUCCUAGGAUCCUCCCAUCUACUACUUCAUUACAUCUUCCUUUUCAUAAACAUCCACAUCCACAUCCACAUCCAACUCUUUUAAUUCCACAUUUAUCCUUCUGCCAUCAUGAUGGCGCAAGUAUACUCCAACAAUAAUAUUGCACUAGUUUUGCAACGUACAACUGUCUUUGCAUUGCUGGCUCUACUGUGUCUGUCGAAUGUCUUUGUGCAGGGACAAGGUUCUUCCCCAGCACCUCCUUCCAACACUGCUACUGGUCCUGCCCCAACUGGAACAGGAGGUCCACCCGCUACAAAUACCGCUACAGGAACUGCUUCAGGAGCACCUAUUGGAACUGCAACAGGAACCGCAACAGGCCCUGCGCCAUCUGCAUUACCUUCCCGUACUCCUAGCGACCCAGUUUCCUCUCUCACCAUGAUACAACCAAAAGCCAACAUGGCAAACCCGCCACUGUUCCCAAUUGGUAUAACUGACAUCCAGUUUGCAUGGGAUUAUGAUAAAUUUUUACUGCUGCCUCCAGCCAAUCUGACACUUGAGGCUUUUACAUCCGAGAAUCCCACCAACAUUGUCACCAUCGGUGCAGCCAUCCCAGGCAACCUCAAAAACUACACAUGGACUGCAAUCAACCAAAAGAACCUUACUAAUCCGAUUCGAACAGGAAUGUACACUCUGCGGAUAUUCGAUGGCGCUGUUGGCCGCAACGGAGUUCUGCCCCAAGGAGGCUACCUAAGCACAUUUGCAGGUCUCCGAUUUGGUCUCUACAUCCCUUCUCCAUACACUCCUGGUAGGGAUAUGAAUCGUAAGUUACCUUUUUAUUAUUACUAUUAUUAUCUCUAUUUAUUUUAUACUUCAUUUAUUUUACUCUAGUUACCAGAUAGCUUAUUUAACGUGUAUUUCUUCACCUGUCUUCAUUUUUUCAGCACCCAUCUGUGCCA